CCCGUUACGUUGUGCGCAUGCGCACUGAGCCCCCAUCACAGAGCCCGAUGUUUGACCUUGCCGAUGGAGGGCGGCGCGGGCUAUGGUGGCUAGGGACCCGGCGGCAGGGCUGGCGGUGCUGGUGAACGCGCUGGGCGUUGCCGUUUUCCUGCUCGUCGUGCUACAGCACCUGCUGGAGGUGCGGCACGCGGCCUCGCGGGCCAGCGGCCACGCCGCGUUGCGAACCGAGGGCGUCUACGAGGCCAGGCCGCAGAGGAUCGGAGACUCGCGGGGACGCCGGCUCGUCUUUGAGAGGAUCCUGGAGUCGUGAGACCGAUGCAUGCACAGUGGUUGUGACCUUUACAGCGGUUGUGACCUUUACAAGGCUGUUGAGGAGGUGCUACCGUUGUUUAGAAAAAAAAGUCAUUAGCGAUAAGCUUUAAAUCCCAAGCAGGACCAUCUUGAAAGUCUUGGGGUAGCAGUAAGACUUGUGGACAUACACAACGUAUUCAAUUACGUUUACUUUUUUAAAGUAUCGAUGAGCUAAGAUUUUCCUGAUUGAAGGAUUAAAUUAUUAAUGAGGACUUUGUAAAAAAAAAUACAAACCGAUUCACAAGAUGGAGCAAAACUUCAAAAUCAGGGCAAGAUGAAACAGACAAAAACAAUCAAGAAAUAUGAAUACAUAGUAAGACAAUUAUUUAUCUAACUUUUGGAUUUACCGAAGAUUGGUUUCAAGCACUUGGGAGGACUGAACUGGUGAAGGCGGGGGGAGGGAGCCAUGGCAGCAGCGGUGGCGGCGGGCCGCGUGGUGCGGGUGGUGUCGCUGGGCCGCGUGGGGUAUGCGCAGGCCCUCGCCGUGCAGACGCGUCUGGCGCGAGCGCUGCUGGACCACCUGGCGGUGCCCAGUGGCCCUGCACCGCCCGACACCCUGCUGCUGUGUGAACACGAUCCCGUGUACACUGUGGGCAUCCGCCAGGCGCCGUACCCCGCCGAGGUGGAGACCCGGCUCCGAGCUCUGGGUGCCGACUUCCACCGCACGAACCGCGGCGGUCUCAUCACGUUCCACGGACCGGGCCAGCUCGUGUGCUACCCCGUGCUGCACCUGGCCAGGCACCGCAGGAGCCUGCGCUGGUACGUCUGCCAGCUGGAGCGGGUGGCAGCGGACGCAUGCCGCGACCUCGGCGUGCCCGCCCACUCGCAUGAGCAGCACACAGGUGUCUGGGUCGGCGAGCGCAAGAUCUGCGCCAUCGGUAUCCACUGCGCCCGCUUUGUGACGUGGCAUGGCCUCGCACUCAACUGCGACUGCGACCUGCGCUGGUUUGAGCACGUGGUGCCGUGCGGCCUAGAGGGCCUGGGCGUCACGUCACUGACGCGCGAGCUGGACCGCCGCGUGGCCAUCCCAGAAGCUGAGACGCCGCUCCUGCGCGCCUUCGCCCGCCACUUCCAGUGCGAGCUGGUGCCUGGCAGCCUGGAUCUCCCGAGCGACGAACCACAACCCCAACACUAAAGCCGUCGUCGAUGCUAUAAUGAACAUAUGUACAAGUGGCCUAUGAGAAAAUCACCCGGAAUACUCCCGAUCCUGUCAGAUCUCACAAGCUAAGCUGGCUCGAGCCUAGCUAGUGGUUGGAUGGGUGACCACCUGCAUUAAACAUGUCGUUGGCUACCAAGGACAGUACAGCAAUUUUCAAUUUGACGGAUGUACAUAUAAAACAAAUACAAAUAUUAAAAUGGACAGCCAUUUGUCAAUCUAUUUCUGGAUGGCCUCCCCAUGCCACGUCAGUCAGCAAGGUUGUUUGACCAUACUUCGCCAUGCUGGUCAGUACGGGUUGGUGAAGGGGAAGCCCAAGACCAGUUCAGAUAAAACUCACCACCGAUGUUAGUUGUGCCUGGGUAUGAACUUUGGUCAGCAGACUCAUCGCGAAGUGCACUAGCUACUGCACCACUACUCCACCAUAUGUGAACGUACAACUAAAUUGAACUUUACUUAUAUGUAGGUGAGAGCCUAUUUUGACGAAAGUUUAUUUUGCAAGGGAGACCUUCGAUGAAGAGAAUGUAUGGUAAAAAACAAAUCGAAAUAUGGAAAAGAUCAACAAAGAUGAUAAAAAUUAUUUAUCAAAAAAAUACAUGUAAACAUGAAAACAAUAUAUUUAAGAUUUACAAUCCAUAAAAAAACAAAUUGCUACAUCUCUUUGUUCAGAUAUAACACCAGCAGCUGCAAUAAAAUACAGAUUAUUACUCUUG